GAUCGUACAUAUUCCUAGUGAAGUGACCAUGAAAUUACAUAUUGCUGUUAUCCAGCUCUUUUCAUUUGCUCUGUACACAAGCAGCACUAAUGCAAGAAAAGACCCUGGAGAAUACUGGAGAGUUGUGAUGAAAGAUGAGCUAAUGCCUGAAGCAAUCAAACAUCUUAUGCUUCGGCAUUCUGUUCCUCUCUCCAAAGAAAAAACUGACUGUUACACAUCUUCUUCUAUUGGAGGUGAAACCUUUGAACCAAGGCCUAAUAUGUCUGGCUACCACGACGACGCCAAGCUGAAAGAAGCUGAGAAAUUAUUAUUUACGAAAGAUUUUGAGCCAAGGCCUACUAUAACUGGUUAUCAUGAUGAUGAUGCUGGUCUUAAACAAGAAAAGCCCUUUACCAAAGAUUUUAAGCCUAGGCCAAAUGCUUCUGUGUACCAUGAUUGAUAUUGCAUAUAAUGUACUGUGUG